UUACCGAAUUUUUAGAAUCAUAUUUAUAAAAAUGUCACAAGGUGUUGUAACAAAUUAUUUUUCUAAAAAACGUCGGGGAGGAUAUAUCCAACCAUCGAAGCGUUUAAAACUAUCAAAUGAUACUCCAGCUCAUAAAAAAGUACCGACAGAUCUUCCAAUAAUCAUUCAAGCUGAAAAAUUUGUGCAAGAGAUUCGACAAACAAGGCGACAAAGCACUAGAAAAAAAUCUACUGCUUCAUCCCAGCCUCGUCGUAGCACAAGGAAUUCAGUGAAAGAAAAGCCAGUGCUCUCGCUGGAUGAUUACUUCAAUGACAUUCCUGACACAGAAGAAACAAAUGAGAACUUAUCGCUUAGACUUUCACCUACAUCGUCUGAGAGUGGCAGCUCGAUAUGCAGUGGGAUAUCGACACAAAGUUCGUUAAAAGAAAUUGUCACUGCGGCUAACGAUGAUCAUGAUAUGCCAGUGACUCCAUCAAAACGACAAAAGACGAAAGAUAAUGGAGAGGAAUUAACUAGGAGAGAGAAACGAGGUCGUGCAUCACCGAAGAAAGCCGUGUUCGAUUUUAAAGUUGUGGACAAAUCAAAAUUGGAAGAAUUAAAGCCAGAGACGGAUUUCUCAACCACACGAUCAAGGCGGAAGAGUGCUCGAAAGAAAUUACUUUCUGAUGAAGCUGAAGAUUCAGCUCAGCCAACAAAAGAACAGUCAAAACAGUCUGAUGGUCCAGAAAAAACACUGGAGAAAAAUGGAACGAAGUCAAAACCUAAACCGACUGAAAACAUUGAAAAUGUGAAAAAAACAAGGUCACGGAAAAAUGCAACUUCUGAAGUUGCUGAAAAGACAAAUUCAAUGAAGAAAACAAAGAAAUUGGCCGAAAAGCUUCUGGCAAAGAAAAAAGACUCGCCAGAUACAUUAAGGGAAACACUGAAAAACUCCAGUAAUUUGAAAGAUUUGCAAGAAACAUUACUGAAAAUACGGGAACAAAAGAAAAAACAACAAGAAAAAGAAAAGGCGAAAAAAAUUCAGAAGAAAAAGGAGCCGCAGAAAGAAGUUGCCAUUUCACAAAAGCGUGAAUUUGCGUAUGAAACAUUACACAGCCUUGCUCAAGAAGUUCCCAAAGGAUUGCCUUUGCCUUUCAAAUAUAAGAUUCUCGCUGAAAUGUUCAGAUGUGCCGAUACAGUAGUGGGGAUGUUGUUCAAUCGUCAGCAAGUCACUACGUGGGCAACAUUGCAGAAGUCGGUCAAGGACAUGAUUAGAAAGAAUUUUGAGCUGGAAAAUCUUAGCCAGAUAAAAUCAGUGUUCCCAUCCGCAUAUGAGUAUCGUCAGGAGAAGGGGAUCAUGAGCUACAACGACCACAUCAAACCGUCUGAUUAUCAGCUGACCCUUGAACCUAUAUUAGAUGAAAGAGAAUGUGAUCAGUACGGAACUGAUUCACGUAAGCUAACCAGUGGGAUGAUGGUGAAACGACGACAUCACUUUCUGGUUCAACUUGUCAACAUUGUGAAAGAUCAUCAUAAGAAAUUUUUAUCAACUCUCGAUCCACCGAUAGAAGUUGAAAGCGACAAGAUAUUGCGUUGGCAUCCACAAUUUCCGCUUGACCGAGUCCCUGAUGUGAGCCAAUCAGAUCUUCCGAAACCACCAGACCAUGAGAAGGAAAGGUGCCACAGUGCAAAAGAUGUUUUGGAGAAAGCAAGGAGUAAAUUCACUAAAAAGGCUGUCGACGCUCUCAAAAAAGUUGCAGAAAAAGCAUCUUUAACGCCAGAGAAAUCUCGCCACAAUGCUGUGAUCAUGGAAGAAAACAACAACAUAACGCCAAAGAAACCUCAAACUCCAGUGAAAUCUGCACCCGCUUUGAAAGGAGUCUCAUCAUCAUUGUUAGCAAAGAUUCGAGCGAAGGAAGCUGAAAAGAAGUUGAAAACUAUGGUACGAUCGGACAAUGAUUCCAGAAAGCUUCAACAACUGAUCAAGUUGCCUGAUGUCGCAAGAGCUCUAAGAAUGUUAUUUGUGACAGAAAAAAAGGCAGCUUUACCAUUGGAAUACAUCGCUGAUAAGCUUGAUAAAUGUUGCACUGGGAUUCUGACACCAGCUGUUGUGCAAGAGCAUGUCGUAUUGUUAAUCGAACAUCAACCAACAUGGAUAUCUCGAACGACUGUUCGGAACAUUUGUUACGUGAGGAUGGAUAAGGGAAAAGAAAUGUCUGAUAUUAUCACUGCUUUACAAAACAAAGUAAAAGAAGCUGAACGAGCUUGAUUCCGCAGAAUAUUUACAAUGGUAAUAUUAUGUCAAUAAUUCUGCCUGAUUUUAUCAAAAGUGAAGAAUUGUGUUAAAUGAGACUGGCAGAACUUUAGUAAUGAUGUGCUUAUGUGUUUCAUUCUGCCAGUGUUUUUAUCAAUUUAAUUAUGUGGACUGUACGAUACUUGUAGGUUGUUUUUAUCAAUAUCAUACUAUUAUGACUCAUUGUCAGUUUGAGCAUUGGGUAUUUGGUUUGUGAAAAAAUAGAUGGGCUAUUUAAAGUUUUCUGUGGCUACUUUUGAGUGAGUGGAAGUGACAUUGCUACUUCUGAGUGAGUGCCCAUAACUCUGCUUUCUACAAAUCAUCUCCAAAAAUAAAUCUUAUCUCAAUAGAACAAUAAGUUUUAUUAUAUUUCCACCUAAAAAAGACUUGUAUGAGGCCCAUUCCUAGACCAAAUAAUAAUGACUGAUUCGACUGUUGAAAUAACUAUGACCAUCUGUGUGCUAUUUAUAGGCUAGGAUAAAUUCAAUACUUCUGACAUUACGAUGUACUAUUUGGGUGGUAUCUAAUUUGGUAUGUGGAACCAGGCAUACCAAUCUUUUUUUUAUACCACUGUAGUAGCAUUUAUUCUGAGCAUACUGCCGCUCAUAGCGUAGUGUUGGUAUUUGUAUUACAAAAAUCUAGCGAAUCUGUCAAAAGCGCAAUUUUGCAAUAAAUGCUCAAUCUUUCAUACUAAACUGCCAACUCACGUCAAUAUGCCUUUUUGUGCCUACAAGACCUUAAUAUGCAGUCCUGUUAGUUUUCAAUAUCCUUUUCUGAUCUCGCUUCAUCCACCAUCCUUAAACUUGACGAGUCCAGAAGUUACAGUAUUUUUAUCAUACGAGAGAUAACAAAACUGCUCAGGUGCACGUAUAGUUUAUGGCAGAGCACUACAGCAUAGAGACCAUUUUUAUUAAAAAACCCACUGGUAAUUCAUUUCGUCUUUUUGCUGCUGCUAUUUGUGGGUUCAGUUGAUUAUGAUUUACUUUCUAUUUUCCCCAAUUCUUUUAUUUCAUUUUUUUCGAUGUCGUGCUAUGUUGUUUUUUAAACCAUGGGAAUAAAACUGUGAAACAAGGUUAGA